UGGUUUUUAGUGUCUAUAAACAGUGCUUCACUUGUUUUAGAGUAUUAUUUAUUGCUAAAGUGCAGCAUAAUUUAUUUGCGGUGUACGGAAGUCGCAUUUAUUCCUGCACUUGUCACCUCACACGACCCUCAGUUUCGGUUGACCACGUGACUAGCUUUGUUGUGCUAAGUAGCAUUAAGUCGUGUCCUGCUUUUUUCAUUGAACGGCUUGUUAUCAUCAUGUAUAUAUUUGACUUGAAUGCUGACGUGGAAACGGCAGAGGAAGUGGUAGCCCUCGUGUGAAGACCUACUUGUGUAAAGACCAGCGAGUCUACCUGUGCGAGUCCACCGAGCAAGGACACUGACAAGGCGCCACUCACCAUAGCACUUAAGUAUCUUGUUAUUGUAUCUCUUUUCUUAUUUUCCUUCUAUAUACUAACAUGUCUACUUCACGAAUAACACAUGCCUUCAAGCACAUCCCUGUUUUCUGUUACAGACCGUUUACACGAUAUCGAUGCAUGACCAAAUGCAACCCACACAACCUACGGCCACUUUGCACUUCAGCACCUGCUCUGCUCUCCUUCUCAGUGGGACUCUGGAACUGCCAGUCAGCUGUGAACAAAGCUGACUUCAUUCCAGCCUUUGCCACGCAGUCCACCCUCAGCAUCCUGGCACUGACAGAAACAUGGAUACAUCUAGAGGAUACAGCAACACCUGCUGCUCUCUCCAACAACUUCUCCUUCUCCUUCUCACACCCCUUGACACACCGGUAGGGGUGGGGGAACAGGUUUGCUCAUUCAUAACAACUGGACUUUUUCCAUCACACUCUUCACUAUGUAAUAAUACUAGUUUUGAAUUCCAUGCAAUUACUACAAUGCAACCCACAAAAAUACAUGUUGUUGUCAUCUAUCGCCCUCCAGGUCAGCUGACAAACUAUCUUGAGGAGUUGGAUGUCCUGCUGUCCUCCUUGCCGGAGGAUGGUAGGCCACUUGUGGUUCUUGGUGAUUUCAACAUACACCAAGACAAGCCCCAGGCUACUGAACUGAAUACUCUCCUGGCCUCAUUUGACUUGGAAAGACUACACACCACAGCAACUCACAGAUCAGGCAACAAGCUGGACCUCAUUUUUACACGCCAGCACGUGCUACACCACCCAGCCCCUGGCUGUCUGAUGUCCUUCGUGAACAUCGGACUGAGAUGGCAGAAAUCUAAAGAUCCAGCAGAUCUAGGUAAAUAUCAGUCCCUGCUUGCAACUUUUUCAGAUAACUUUAAAUCUGCAAAAACCUCCUAUUACCAGAACAAGAUCAACAGCACCACAGACACUCGCAGCUUGUUUAGAACAUUCAAAACACUUCUCUGCCCUCCCCCUCCACCACCUGACACAUCACUCACAGCAGAUGUUUUCGCCACAUUUUUUACUAAUAAGGUUACAACCAUCAGCAAUACAUUCUCAGCACCACACCGUCAAACACCCAUCUCCUGUAUGCAACUCUUCUGUCUCUAUGUUCUCUCCUCUGACUGACACUGAGGUAUCUAAACUCCUCCUCUCCAGCCACCCCACCACCUGUUCCCUUGACCCCAUUCCUUCUCACCUUCUCCAGGCCAUCUCUCCGUCCAUCCUACCUGCACUCACACACAUAAUUAACACAUCUCUACUUACAGGCACUUUUCCCACUACAUUUAAGCAGGCUCGAGUAACCCCGCUGCUGAAGAAACCCACACUUAACCCAACACAAAUAGAACACUACAGACCAGUCUCUCUCAUCCCAGUCAUGGCAAAAACACUUGAAAGGGCAGUUUUCAAUCAUAUCUCUCACAGAAAAACUGCUGGAUGACAAUUAGUCAGGCUUCAAAAGUGGACACUCCACUGUGACUGCCCUGCUGUCUGUCACUGAGUCGCUGAGACAGGCGAAAGCUGAAUCCAGAUCAUCCGUCCUGAUUCUGCUGGACCUUUCUGCAGCCUUUGACACAGUCAACCAUCAGAUCUUACUCUCUACCCUCUCCACGCUGGGCAUCACAGGAACUGUGUUUGACUUGUUUAACUCCUAUCUCUCAGGUAGGUCCUUCAAGGUGUCUUUCCAGUCCAACGACACCACAGUGACUGCUCGCAUUUCUGCCAGCCUGGCAGACAUCUCGGCCUAGAUGAAGGAACACCACCUGCAACUCAACCCAGCCAAGACUUAACUCUUUGUCUUUCCAGCCAACCCUGCUGUUGAACACAACAUUAACGUGUAGCUGGGUGCAACUAAAGUAACGCCUUCCAAAUCGGUCAGAAAUCUAGGGGUAACCAUCGACAAGACUACAUUUCACAGACCACAUCUCAAAGACCACAAGAUCAUGUAGAUUUACACUCUACAAUAUCAGGAAGAUAAGACCCUUCCUUUCUGAACAUGCCACACAACUGCUUGUCCAGUCACUUGUCAUAACUAGACUGGACUACUGUAACGCUCUCAUUACAGGCCUACCUGCAUGUGCAAUUAGACCCCUGCAAAUGAUCCAGAAUGCAGCAGCACGUCUGGUCUUUAAUGAACCAAAGAGAGCACGUUACACCACUCCUUGUCUCUCUCCACUGGCUGCCGGUUGAUGCACAUAUCAAAUUCAAGGCUCUGAUGCUGGCAUACAGAACAGUCACUGGGUCUGCUCCAGCAUACCUAAAAUCAUUUAUGCAGAGCUGCGCGACCACUAGAAGCCUGUGGUCAGCUAAGGAACGUCGCCUUGUUGUACCAACACAAAGAGGCACCAAAACACUUUCCCAGACUUUCAGCUUCAUCAUACCACAUUGGUGGAACGACCUUCCCAACUCCAUCCGUGAAGCUGACUCACUCUCUGUCUUCAAAAAACGACUAAAAACAACAUCUUUUCCAUGAGCACUUAACCAGUCAUAAAAAAAAAAAAAUUUUCUUUUAAAUUCCUGUUGCACUUUAUUCUGUUUUGAAUACUAUUCUGAUGCUAGUGAAACUUUGUAAUACGGCAUUUUUCACACCACUGUCUCCUUAAGAUGAUUCACUUAUAUUUUCCUCUUUUGUAAGUCGCUUUGGAUAAAAGCGUCUGCCAAAUGAAUAAAUGUAAAUGUAAACGUAAAUGUAAGAGGAGAUGUUGUUUUGAUAAAGUUAAACAGAGACUCCGUGAACUUAAUCUAAAAUACUCUCUCCUGUAUCUGUGUACACUUAGUGUCAUUGUUGAUAGCAAGCCCCAACUGUUUACCUGUCACAAAGCCGCUGAAACUGCCUUCAUGUCUCCCAUGGAUUCUCAGAACAGUUUAUUUGUUUAGUUGAAGUUUAGUUGAAGUAUAUAAGCCGGGACACUACUGUAUCUCCGGCUUUUCGUAUUCCGGUCACCUAAAUGUAAUCUUUAAUUAAAAAAAAAAUUUUUUUUGCUGGCGUGUCUUUUAGUUAUUUGCCACAAAUUGAUUUGUUUGUCUGUAUCUGAUUGUCAUACAAAUGUACUGUUGUAUUGCCAGCUGUUCUCAGUUGUUUUUGCAAAAUUGUCGCUGGUUUUAUUUUGUUGAGCUGCUGUCACUGUUCCUAUUUCUGAUGCAGACCAAUAUUUGUGUGGACUAUUAACGGUUUCUGCUUAUAUUGACUUAAUUUGGCCUUCUCGCGGAGAUGCCUUGGCUUAGGAUGGCUGGGGCUGCUGGGCCAGAUUUAAUGUUUUUUUUUUUUUUGUGCUCUUGUUUGUUCUGGUAUAUUUGUUUUGUGUGUUUGUUUUGUUGUUAUAUUACUACAACCCCUUACAACCCUCUUAGUUUUUUGGAUUUGCCUAGCUUUUAAUUUAUCACUUAAUAGUGUAGCUAUCUAAAUAUCUAUGGUGUUGAUGUCAAAGCGUAAUUAGCUAGCAAAGUGGAUUUACAGGUUAUAGAGUUGUCAAAAGUUAUCAUGAGUAUUUUAAAGUGUUCAGGGGAUGUCAAAACAACUGAAGCAGAGGGGGAAAAUGUUUCCAUUCAUAAAUACACAAGCUCCUACCUUCACGCUGUGGGCAUACUGAUGUGCCUCUGUACUCUGUACGACACCUCUAGCUGGCCAUCUUUUCGUGUCAUUCCAAUAUGAUCACACGGGAAGUUGGCAUGCUGUUUCCGAAAGUUCCGUUACAUAGGAUCGGCAACAGUAUGCCAACUCACUGACAUGCCCUAUCUCCCAUCGGACAUAUUUGGAACAGCUCAAUAACCAUUACUUUCCCUCGUGGCUCGACUGGUAGCAUGUUGCGUCAGUUGCAUGGGAGACCACAGUUCAAUCCCCAAUUAAACGAGGAAGUAAUCACGUUUGUAUAAAUAAUCACGAGCAUAAUAAGGAGGCAUUUUUGUCCCUAACAUUGCAUUUUUCUCUAGUAAUGCUUAGGGUUAGAUUUGGGUUUUGGUUGGAGGGUAGAUUAAAUAAAAUAAGCAUUUCUCUUCACUGUUUUACACCCUGUUCAGCUGAAAACAAUUAUUUUUACAACUGGCUUCUGGCAAACUCUCCUGGAUAUAAAUGGAUGUCACACUUGUUUAUAUGCUCUGAAACACUUAACACUUUAGCCUCUGGAGGCAGUGUUUUCAAAUUCGGUCAACGUAUACCGAUUUCGGCUAAACAAAAAUCGUCACACACUUGCCGAUUUUUAUGUGAGAUCCGGCUGGUCAUUCACCCAUUGUGUUUUUGUUCAGAUAAGUAGAUUUUUUGAGCAUUAAAUAGGGUACAACGGGUACAACGAUAUUUAUACAUACUCACAUAUACAUGUGAAAUGGUAUGUUUUAUUUUAUAUUAUGUUUACAACUAUUUUAAUCACAUUUAAGCCUCUAAAAAUGUAGGGUGAAAAAUUUAUUUUAAAAAGUACAAUUGUAAUUUUCUUUAAUGUUAUGAACUUGCAUGUGUAAUAAUACGAGCUGUCGCUGUUGGAAAUUUCAUGUCAACUACACAUUUUAACACAAAUUAUUACAUUGAAACCUAAAAAUUGAGCAGAAUUACAUGUGUAACAAUUAAAAGCUUGUAUUAUGAAAAAAAAUGCAGUGUGUCAGAGCUGUCUGAAUGUGAUCUGCCAGGUCCAGUUUUUAUGGAAAAAAACGUUUAGAGUGACAGAAAAAACACCUCAUGAGCAUUUUCAUGUAGUAAAGUGGUGCUGUAGAAUCACACAAUCAACUCUUAUUUCUUACAAUGAUAGUUUCAAUAACACUUCUUUUUCGCACAGUACCUUUUCCUUCACUAAAAUAACACCUACAGAAUUUAUGAAUGCUAUCAAACAACUAAGUCUGAGCAGUGGCGCUGGACCAGAUGAUCAUAAAAUUUUAUUAAAACAUUUAACAUGGAAUCCAGAAAAAAUAAAACGGAAAAUGCAUAAUUUGUAUCUGUAAGACUUUAUGCAGUUCUUUUAAUGAAGUCAUUUUCUGUGUAAUUUCAUCAAAAAAUCUGAGGCUUUUUAUUUGUUGACUAUAGUAUCGAUUUAGUAGAAAAUGUGAAUGUUGCAAUGCAGUUGCUAAGUUGUUCUGAGUGUUUUUAGCACAUUGCUAUGCAGUUGCUAGGAUGUUUCUGUGUGGUUGCUUACUGCCCCAAUUCAAAAGAGCCAUGAUAUUCUGGUCUGUAGAUUUGGAUGGGGUCCCUCCUUAAAUUAAAUUCAUAAUUCCUUCACCUGUUUUACUGUUCACCAAAUGAAACUUUAAGUCCUAUCACUUAGAAAAAUAAUAGCGCACCUCUCCUCAACAACGCCUGAUGAUUUGAGGUAUCAUUGAUGUCUGUACCACAAAUGGUGUGGGAUGAAGUUUAAUACUUACGGUUAUGGACUUGAAUAAUACCCUAAGUAUGAGCAAAAGCAAUAGUGCCUGCAAAUAAUAAUUUCAAACUACUCAGCAGCACUCUUGACUAGAACCCUAAACAGUUUAUAAAGUCCUUCUCUAAAGGCAAUAGUAUUCUGAAGACACAAAGGCAUUUAUAUGGUCUGUAUGACACAGCAUGCAGUCGAAAACCAUGCAACCCUUCACUCAGA